CAAGAAAACAUCUGCUCUCUCUCCAAAAUGGGAAAGAUCACUUUCUACGAGGACCGGGGCUUCCAGGGCCGCUGCUACGAGUGCAGCACCGACUGCCCCAACCUGCAGCCCUACUUCAGCCGCUGCAACUCCAUCCGCGUGGACAGCGGCUGCUGGAUGCUCUAUGAGCGCCCCAACUACCAGGGCUACCAGUACUUCCUGAGGCGUGGCGACUACCCGGACUAUCAGCAGUGGAUGGGCCUCAGCGACUCUAUCCGCUCCUGCCGCCUCCUCCCCCAACACUCUGGCACUUUCAGAAUGAGGAUCUAUGAGAGAGAUGACUUCAGAGGACAGAUGUCAGAGAUCACAGAUGACUGUCCUUCCCUUCAGGAUCGCUUCCACCUCAAUGAGAUCCACUCCCUCAAUGUGCUGGAGGGUUCCUGGAUCCUCUAUGAGAUGCCCAGCUACAGAGGGAGACAGUACCUGCUGAGGCCAGGAGAGUAUAGAAGAUACCUUGACUGGGGGGCUGCAAAUGCCAAAGUUGGUUCUUUCAGACGAGUUAUGGAUUUUUACUGAAGUUAUUUUCAUUCUCUACUUUUCCCCUUUAAAAUCUAAUAAAAUAUGUAGCUUGUGAUUCUGGCA